UCCAUUUUCCACCGGUCACCUCGUCACGGAGCAGAGCAGCAACCCUAGCUGUAGUGCAGCGCAUCCCACCCACCCCCACCCCACCCCUAUCGCUCCGAACCCCGCACCAGGAUGGCGGCGCCGACGACCUUCUCCGGCGAGGUGUGGGCGGAGCUGCGGCUGGCGGACGCGCGCGACGUGCCCCACAUCCACAGCCUCAUCCACCAGAUGGCGGAGUUCGAGCUCCUCACCGACCUCUUCGCCGCCACCCACGAGCUCCUGGCCUCCACGCUCUUCCCCACGCCCCAGCCGGCCCCCUUCGCCUCCUUCACGGCCCUCAUCCUCGACUUCUCCCCGUCCCCCGUCCCCUCCUCCGCCGACACUGUCGGCUCCCGCCGCCUCGACCUCUCCGCGUCCCCGCUCGCCGACCCGGAGGCGGCCGCCUUCCCGUCCCCGCGCGGCGGCGGGCGCGUCACGGCCGGGUUCGUCAUCUGCUUCCCCAACUACUCCACCUUCCUCGCCAAGCCGGGGCUGUACGUGGAGGACAUCUUCGUGCGCGCGCCCUGGCGCCGCCGCGGGCUCGGCCGCAUGAUGCUGUCCGCCGUCGCCGGCAGGGCGGCCGAGAUCGGGAUGGGCCGCGUCGAGUGGUGCGUGCUCGACUGGAACCAGAACGCCAUCGACUUCUACGAGGGGAUGGGCGCCGAGGUGUUCAAGCAGUGGCGCAUCUGCCGGCUCACCGGCGCCGCGCUCGACAAGUACAAGGGCGCCGGCGGCAGCCAGGGUGAGGAGGAGGACGCCGGCGGGAAGGCCGAGUAGGCCAGUAGGAGUCGAGAGAUCUGGGCUCCGGCGACUGGUAAUAAUAAUAAAGGAGGUGGAUUCUGCCUCCACUUGGUGGUGAUGCAUUCCUUGUUGCUACUAUUACAGAUUUAGUGCAUUGAUAUGUUGUUCAUGUGAGAUGCAUUAUGGACCUGGACCUGGACCUGUUCUUGCCUUCCUUGGAAUAUGUAUUGAAUCGAAGCUGAAACUGGAAUUGUUCCCUGUUACUAUCAUAUUCUGCAUAGGAAUACAUGAUUGAUUGGAGCUGGAAA